UAUUUGACACUGCAUAUUUUUUUAUUUUUUACUAUUAAAUAUAAUCUUAUUUGUGAUGUGUCAUUCAUUAAAUUUUAAUUACUUCUCUUAAUCUGUAAACAUUAAAUUCAGAUAUUUCUCCUAAUCCAAAUUAAAAAUAUAGUUUACCAAGUUAUGAAUUUGGAGAGUUGCUGUCUGGUGUGAUUCCUUUGAGAUUUACGCCAACAAUGUCUGAGAAAAUUACAGCUGAAAAGCUUCUUAACACCUUUGUGGAAACACUUGGUGAGAAGCAAAAAUUUGCAUCGUUCUUUGAAGAAGAGAAGUCAACCUCCAUUAACUUCCAGUUCAAUAGAUUGUUCGGACGCCAGAAACCUGUGUACAAUAUUUUAGGGGGCGGAAAAUCUGCUGAUGUGUUGUUGUGGAGGAACAAGAAGAUAUCUGCUAGCGUUUUAACCGCCGCAACAGCUAUAUGGGUGCUUUUUGAAUGGCUUCAGUAUAAUUUCCUAUUUCUUUUAUUCCUUGCCCUGGUUCUUGUCAUGCUUGUACAGUUUCUUUGGACAAAUGCUUCCACCAUGCUUAGCAGGAAGCCGUCUAAAGCUCCCCGUUUGGUUCUCCCCGAAGAUCUCUUUCUAAAUAUUGCAACUGCAGUUGGUACUGAGGUUAACCGUGGUUUGAGGUUUCUUCAAGAUGUUUCAUGUGGAGGAACCUUGAAGCAAUUUGUUCUUGUUGUCCUAAGCUUAUGGGCUGGUUCAGUGAUUGGGAGUUGGUUCAAUUUUAUGACUGUCAUGUAUAUCGGUUUUGUGGCUGCACACACACUCCCAGUUCUCUACGAAAGGUAUGAGGAUCAGGUCGACAACUUCGCGUACAAGGUUCUUGAUCAAAUGCAAAAUAACUAUAGGAAGCUGGAUUCUGGUUUGCUUAGCAAAAUCCCCAAGGGAAAAUUUAAAGGAAUAAAGAAGUUUGAAUAGAUUCAUGUUUAUGUAAAUGCCAAAUGGUUUGUUUUUUAAUGUUCAUUUCUCACUUGUGACGAAAUUGGGACACAACUGUGUUUGUUGCUUCUACUUUUGCUCUAUUAUUUCCUUUUUCUAUGUUGGGAUCUUCAAAAUUUGAUCUAUGUCCUUAUUUAAGGGGGGCAAGAGACUUCAUGAAUUGAAUCAUUGUUGACUCUUGCAUAGUUUCACGGUAAAA